AAUCAUCACUGUGACCAUUCUUUCUGCGGCAAUAUCCAUAACAUCAGUUUCCCUUUCCGAUUGAAAGAUGAUCCAAAAUACUGUGGUAAUCCCAAAUAUGAGCUUGCUUGUGAAAAUAAUGUUACAGUUUUAUACUUGGGAUCCCAUAAACGCAAAUACCUCGUUCAAUCUAUCAACUAUCCUAACUUCACAAUCCGCCUUGUUGACUCUGCUGUACAAAAAAUAGAUAAUUGCUCCUUUCUUCCUCAGUAUCCUUUAACCAGUUACAACUUCACUGACAAAGAUCCAUAUAGCACUUUUAACCAUAUAUGGGACAUCCGACAAUUUAGACAGCAGAUAAACAAGCCUAUAAUUUUUCUGAAUUGCCCAUAUCCAGUAGAUUCUCCUCUCUACCUGGAGAUAGGACAGUGCAUCAAUGGAGUUUAUACUGCAAACUCCUCUUUCUCCUCCUCUUCCAGAAUACACUCUUAUGUCAAUGUUAGCGGCUUGAGGGCAGUAGAAGUGAGAGAGAGGUGCAGUAUAGAGCUAAUGGUGAUGACAUCGUGGGCGUUUAAGGAUCAUAAUAAUAUCUCUUUUUCAGACAUCUACGACGCCAUAGAAUAUGGGUUUGAGCUUUCUUGGUUCAAAACUCAGUGUGAAAAUUGCGAGCUGGGAAAUUGCUUCCUUCAAGACGACAAUCAGAAAGUUUGCGUCAGAGUUGGUUAUUGCUCCUUUCUUGGAAUGGCAAUAAAUACCAGAGUGCCAUUGCGUCUGUCGUUCAUUGUGGCGUCAAUGAGUCUAUUAUUCGAUGCUGUGCCAUUCAGGAUAUCCACCGAUUGCGGUAAGAAAUCGAAAAAUAGAAAUAUAUGUGUGUGUGUGUGUUACUCUAAUUUCUCCUCGCCUUUACCUGAUCGAUUUCUUUAGAGACUAAUGGGGUAAUUUCACUUAAUCUGUAGGAGAGUGUACAGUUGUGGGUUGGACUAGACAGAUUUAAGAGGGGGUAAUUUUGAAAAAACAUUAUUGACUAAUGACAUAUUGAUAGAACUUCAAAAUCUAUUAUAGAAUAUCAUCAAAAUUCACGGCAAUUUUUUUUGGA